AUGGUGGCCUUUUCAGUUUGCAUGAGAGAGCAGCCCAUCUUCACCACCAGAGCCCACGUCUUCCAAAUCGACCCCAGCACGAAGAAGAACUGGGUCCCCGCGAGCAAGCAGGCCGUAACUGUUUCCUACUUCUAUGACAGCACAAGAAACAGCUACCGGAUAAUCAGCGUGGAUGGAGCCAAGGUGAUCAUAAACAGCACAAUUACACCUAAUAUGACCUUUACUAAGACAUCGCAGAAAUUUGGCCAGUGGGCGGACAGCAGAGCAAACACUGUAUUUGGUUUGGGCUUUUCUUCUGAACAACAGCUGACAAAGUUUGCGGAAAAAUUUCAAGAAGUAAAAGAAGCAGCCAAACUAGCAAGAGACAGAUCUCAAGAGAAAAUUGAAACCUCAAGCAAUCAUUCACAGGAAUCUGGGCGAGAAACACCAUCUUCCACACGUGCAUCCAGUGUGAAUGGGACAGAUGACGAGAAGGCAUCACAUGGUGGUCCUGCUGAUGCACAUCUGAAGUCCGAGAAUGAUAAGUUAAAAAUUGCUCUAGCCCAAAGUUCAUCCAAUGUAAAGAAGUGGGAGACGGAGCUGCAGACGCUAAGGGAGAGCAAUGCCAGGCUGACCUCGGCACUCCAGGAGUCUGCAGCCAGCAUCGAGCACUGGAAGAAGCAGUUCUUGGCAUGCAAGGAGGAAAACGAGGAACUCAGGAACAAGAUUGAAGAACUGGAAGAACAGUGCAAUGAAAUAAAUAAAGAGAAGGAAAGAAAUGCACAGCUGAGCAGACGUCUCCAGGAACUGGAAACUGAACUUCAAGACAAAGAACUGGAACUGGAGGAGCUCCGAAAGCAGGGUGAAAUUAUACCACAGCUCAUGUCAGAAUGUGAAUCUGUGUCUCAGAAAUUACAGGCUGCUGAGAAAAAGAACAAAGAUCUUGAAGAGAAAGUCGUAACACUAAGGACGGAAGUUGAAGAGAGCAAACAUAGGCAGACCAACCUUAAAACUGAAUUAAAGAAUUUUUUAGAUGUAUUAGAUGGGAAAAUAGAUGAAUUACAUGAUUUCCGACAAGGACUGUCUAAACUUGGGGUUGACAACUAGAUGGCAAUAGAUUUUUUUGUAAUCUAGAGUCUGGAUGUUUUAUGUUUUCUUGAUCCCAAACAUGUGUUUUACAAAAUAUAAUUAGAAUGUUCCACUUGUUGCAUUGUUUUUGUACAUAUAGGCUGAAAACUUGCUUUGGAUUUUGGGGUUUUGUUUGUUUGUUUAUUUUACAAACCAAUCGUGCUGCUCACUGAAUUCUGUUGAGAAUAGAAAUUUUCUGUAUUGCUGCUCUGGCUGCGUGGGGUUGUGAACUGGUAGAGGGUUCUGUCUCAGGAAUCUGGAACUAGAUCUACCUUAAAAUGAAUAUGCAGUUAGUUGUUGCAGGGAAAUUUAUAUCUUUAUUAAGGGCUGUUGCAACCAUAGAAACAGAAAAAAAGUCUUUUUCUAGUCUGGACUACCAGCACUCCUAGAAACAUACACUUUUAUUCCUUAGUGGAGCAGAGAGAAGAUGAGAUGGAGCUCCUGCAGUUUGUAAAUCGGCCAUGUAAAAUGUGCCUGUGAUGAGCUGCAGUCAAGUGAAACACUUCACACAGAUGCCAGUAUCCUUAGGGACCACGACUGUCAGGCCCGAUUCACAGAAAAAAAAAAUCUAGUGGAUUUCAUAUAACUUCUGAUACUGGCGGUAUGUGCUUGCCUGUGCUUAUACAGCACAAAUUAAUGUGUUGGAAUUAAUUUUAUCUCUUAUACUUCAAGUCAGUAAUGCCUCUUACCCAUUGGUGAUGACAGCUUCUCCUGCUUAACUAGAUUAACUUUCUUUGGCCCACAAUUUUGAACCCUUAUUGUUUAGUUGGUACAUAUAUCUCUGAAAAAAUGCACACCUCAUUCUUGGGACCAGAUUUUUUUUUU